AAAUAAGUUAGUGUUAGUCAUCAUCGAAUAAAAUACGAGUAAAAUUCGUUUUUAUUCGGGUUCAAACCGUUGUUUUAUUGUUGUGUUGAAUCUAAAAAUACAAAUAUCACAAUGUCGUCCCGCAAGACAGCUGGUCGCCGUGGCACCAACAAGAAGCGUGCCCAGCGUGCAACUUCCAAUGUUUUUGCUAUGUUUGACCAGGCACAGAUUGCAGAGUUCAAAGAAGCCUUCAACAUGAUUGAUCAGAACAGGGAUGGAUUUGUGGACAAAGAUGAUCUGCAUGAUAUGUUGGCUUCUCUUGGUAAAAACCCGACAGAGGAUUACUUGGAAGGCAUGAUGAAUGAGGCUCCAGGUCCUAUCAACUUCACUAUGUUCCUGACUCUCUUUGGUGAGCGUCUGCAAGGAACAGACCCUGAGGAUGUCAUUAAGAAUGCUUUUGGUUGCUUUGAUGAAGAAAACCAAGGUGUCAUCAAUGAGGAGCGUCUUCGUGAGCUGCUGACCACAAUGGGAGACAGGUUCACAGAUGAUGAUGUUGACGAGAUGCUCAGAGAGGCUCCUAUCCGUGAUGGACUCUUUGACUAUGUGGAGUUCACACGUAUUCUUAAACACGGAGCUAAAGACAAGGAUGAGCAAUAAGAUUUUAUCUCCAGGUGGGUGUAAUCACAUUAGAGAUUGAUUUAUUAAUCAUGUAGCGCUUAUGCAAUUUGAUAAAUCAAUAAAACUUGAAUUUUGUUACGAAUUGGAUACUAAAAUAUAUAUUUUAUAAGCAAUGUAGUAAGUUUUGGCUGUCUUCGACCUUUGAUUAUUGGGAGAAGUAACAUAAACUGUCUUUCGCUAAGAAAAAACAAGUCUGAAAAGAGCUACAAUGUCCAAGGUCGAAGGUAUUUGAGCUAAGAAUAUCCUUAUUGGAUUACAUCUAAUUAUAUUGUGGUUUCGACCUAACACCAGCAAUAAUUUUGAUCAUUAUAAUAAGUGUAAGCAAUUCUAAAACAAUGUUUUUUAACUGCCCGUUGACAAUAUGAUGAAUACCUUUUUCAAUUCUGUACUUAAAACCGAGCCCCAAUUUUUCAAAACUACAAAUUAACAAUGUUUUUUCUCUAAUGUUGUCCAGUCAGAGUAAUGAAGUACUUAUGAGGUAAAUCUGGUCAAAAACUAUGAUAUUCUUUGCCCUCUGACUGAAUUUACCCGCCUUAGAAGACGCCAUUUUUAAUAAUUAUAUUGCCAAACGAAAAAAUUGGUUAGAAUCAGUAGGUUUUUAAGUUAGGAUUCAUAUGGAUUUCAAGAUAAUCUCUUAAAAAUACUGAGGUGCUAAAUAUACCCUAGUUCUUACGGAUACUGCAUUUCCAUUUCGCAUUUUUUAAAAUUAAUUUCGUAAUUCCAUAAUAUUGGACCAUUUAUUAGUCUAAGUUUGGCCUGUGUCUUUGUAAUCUGUCCGUGUAUUAGUAGUUUAUUGAUUCCCGUUUUUGGCAACAUUGUUAUUGGAGAACAAUAAUCAGCAUUCUGCAUUUUUGUGUUUAUAUAUGUAUUAAUUAAGUCAAGUACAAUAAACAUAAAUGCUUUAGAAUGUAGUAGGCAUUGCAUAAAAAUUGGUAUUUACUUAAUUAAAAUUAAUGUGUAACAAUGAACAC